AGCUGCCAUAAAACAACCACAAAAGAUAAAGAAUUGCGCUGGUCUCUCUCGUCUGCCGUAGUGACGCAGGUAAGCCAGGUCUACAGCUUCUGGUGUUGGUGAGUGUGAGUACAGCGGGGGAUCAGGAUGGAUGUGUCGGUGGUUUCUCCCGCUUUUCGCUGUGUUAAUCUGAGCGUAGGAGCCGAGGCGACCGUCCGGGAGCUCAGAGACCUACUCGCCUCCAGAGAGGGAAUCCCAUCUGAAGAUUGCUACGUGAGCAGCAAUGGGCGAAUUUCAGAUCAGGACCACAAACUCCAGGCUGGAGCUGUGUAUCGCCUGGAGCUUCGUCUGUGUGGUGGCAAAGGGGGCUUUGGCUCCAUGCUAAGGGCGCUUGGUGCGCAGAUUGAGAAGACCACCAACCGCGAAGCAUGUAGGGAUCUAAGCGGCCGGAGACUCAGAGACGUCAAUCAUGAAAAAGAGAUGGCUGACUGGUUGAAGAAACAGGCAGAUCGUGAAGCAGAGAAGGAGCAGCGACGUUUGGAGAGGAUUCAGAGGAAAUUGGCUGAACCGAAGCACUAUUUCACAGACAUUGAUUACGAACAGCAGUGUCAUGACCUCUCAGAGAGGCUGGAGGACUCUGUACUGAAAGGCAUGCAGGCUUCAUCCAGUGGCGUAGUGCAGGCUGAUGAAGGACCAAGUCGCAAAAGACCUGCAGCAAAAGAUGGAAAUGUAGCUACAAAGAAGAAAUGCUUCUGGACUGGUGUUGGUGGUCUGGACGACAUGGACAGUUCCGAAGGAGACAGUGAUGAGGGUGAUGAGGCUGAAGAUUCUCCCUCCACUUCUGCUUCAGUCUCUGGAGCUUCCUGCAUCUCUGAGACACCUGGAAAACCAGCAGCUAGCAGCAGAGGGAGUGAGAAGCCUGAGGUCCAGCAGGAGCAGCCCAGCAGCAGCUGCAGUAGUAGUUCCAGCAGCAGCCCAGCACCCUCCACUCCUUCACAGGAGAACGAGGCAGAGGAGAUCACAGAAGAACCAAAGAAACAGAACAGCAGUGAUGGACAGGAAGUGGAGGACACUGUGACCACAAAUGCAGAGGGAGAGAGCUGUAGCUGCCCAGCUGACAGUAUCGAAACACCAGCAGUGCAACCAGUGCAGUCAGAAGGUCCGCUGGAUUUGCUCUGUGUGAGCGGUGUGGAGGAUCUGGUGGCUCUGGGGUUGGAGCGGCUGAAGGAGGAGCUUUUGCAGCGAGGGAUGAAGUGUGGGGGGACUCUGCAGGAGCGUGCUGCACGCCUCUUCUCUGUUAAAGGACUGAGCCCAGAUCAGAUCGACCCUGCACUCUUGGCCAAGCCCAGCAAGGGGAAGAAGAAAUAGCUGGGCUGGACUUUUUUUUAUUACUAUUAUUGUUUCCUGUAUCAGAUGUAAUUAAGAUGUGCUGGGGCAUUUUUGUUUAAUUAGUUCAUCAUUAUAAUGUACAGACAGUCUGUAAUGAGAGGCAGGGAGGUCCAGGGAUGAUUUCACUUGAACUCACUUUAUAAGGCCUAUUUAAACUGGGAUAUUUUUUACAGGAGGAUUUGACUGUCUGAAUCAUGCAGAAAAAAGGUCUCCUGGCUGCUUUGACUGCAGCGUUUGGAGUUUAGCCAGUUAAUAAGUGUCGUUUGUUCUGUUCAAUGAUCAGUUCGAGCUCAAAUAAAACUUUGAUAUCAAACCUAA